GUGGAGUGAGCUGUGCAGGGCUGUGAUUGGCGGGUUUGCUUCACCGGGUGCUGCUCUUCCAUGCCUCUGGUUACCGGCGGAUGAGCGAGGUGGGGUGUGUGGAACUUGCUCGACGAGACCCCCGCCAUGUCCCCUCGCUCCCUUGGCGGGCUCCUUCUACUGCUGCUGUGCCUGCUUGGGGCCGCCGUCGCCGGGAGAGAUUUCUACAAGAUCUUGGGAGUGCCUCGCAGUGCAUCUGUUAAAGACAUUAAAAAAGCCUACCGAAAACUGGCCCUGCAGCUUCACCCAGACCGGAACCCUGAUGAUCCACGUGCACAGGAGAAAUUUCAGGAUCUUGGGGCAGCCUAUGAGGUGUUGUCGGAUGAAGAAAAACGAAAGCAGUAUGAUGCAUAUGGAGAAGAGGGAUUAAAGGAGGGUCACCAGAGUUCCCAUGGAGACAUUUUUUCACAUUUCUUUGGAGACUUUGGCUUCAUGUUUGGAGGCAAUCCUCGUCAGCAAGACAGGAACAUUCCAAGAGGAAGUGACAUCGUUGUGGACCUAGAAGUUACACUGGAAGAAGUGUAUUCAGGAAAUUUUGUGGAAGUGACUCGAAACAAACCAGUAGCAAGGCAGGCACCAGGCAAGCGGAAAUGCAAUUGCCGGCAGGAGAUGAGGACGACCCAGCUGGGCCCAGGGCGUUUCCAGAUGACCCAAGAAGUUGUCUGUGAUGAAUGUCCCAAUGUCAAACUUGUGAAUGAAGAGCGAACCCUGGAAGUGGAGAUAGAACCUGGUGUGAGGGAUGGCAUGGAAUAUCCCUUUAUUGGGGAAGGUGAACCUCAUGUUGACGGGGAGCCAGGUGACUUGCGCUUCCGAAUAAAAGUUCUCAAGCACCCAGUCUUUGAACGAAGAGGGGAUGAUUUAUAUACAAACGUAACUAUCUCUCUGGUCGAGGCUCUAGUGGGCUUUGAAAUGGAUAUUGCCCAUUUAGAUGGGCAUAAGGUCCAUGUUGCCCGUGAUAAAACUACAAAGCCUGGUGCCAAGCUGUGGAAGAAAGGAGAAGGUCUUCCUAACUUUGACAACAACAAUAUUAAAGGCUCUCUAAUAAUUACAUUUGAUGUGGAUUUCCCCAAAGAGCAGCUGACAAGUGAACAGCGGGAAGAUCUCAAGCAACUGUUGAAGCAGGCAUCUGUGCAGAAGGUGUACAAUGGACUGCAGGGAUAUUAAGACCAGUAGAAUGGACAUGGACUAUAUUGCAAAUGAGUGAAAUCAGUGCUGUAAACUGCAGUCUCUUCUUCUGGUCAUUCUAGAACAAAGCUGAGGGAUGUUGGAGACCACUGAGACCUCUAUUUUUACAAACAGUAAGGAUAAUUCUGGGAUGGAUCAGAAGAUGGUAAAAGAAACGUCCUUAUUCAGGAUGCAACUGGUGCUGCCUACUUGGAGCAGUCAGGCUCCAGAAGCAAAAGAUGUGAGGGGUUUUAACAAAAGUACCAAGUUGAAAUUCUGGUUUAAAAAUAUAUUUUGUUGUUGUUUUUCCUUGCCCUUCUGAAUGAAUUUUCAUAACGUUUGUUUUUACUGUCCCUCUAUUUUCCCUGUAUCAUUUGUUUUGUCAUUGCACUUCAUGGGAUGUUUGCUAAAAACAUUUUGGCUUACUGCGUUGGUUAAAACAAUUUUCUAAACCUC